UCUAAGAACACGUCACCGAGACUCUUAAGGGCUUCAACCUCGAUCAGGAGGUCCGCUUCCGCCAUAGCUUUCUGUAGUUCCCGCACGUAAUCCGACUGUACGGAGGUUAGAUCUUCUAGACCGGAGCUCUCAAACUUCGCGUCUAUGUGGAGAAACCUCCCAGCCGCCCGCACGAUGUCAGAACUGGACAUUUUCGCAACGACUUCGGUGCAAACGAGACUUGAUUACAAGCUCAAUGGAAACAUCAAUGGAAACCGGAAGUGACGUCAUGGAAACCGGAAGUGACGUUUCCUUGUUAACCUACACAAUGCGUGCAGUAUACCUUUGACCUUUCUCUUUACUUGUUACGUUGACGCGAGUGCGCAUGUCAAACCUGUCUUCCGUAGGCUGUUUUAGUCUUAUUUAUGUAAGCCAAAUUAUGGACACCAUCAUCGUUUUCAUUAUUUCCAAACAAAACUUGUUAGUAUUUUCGAAAUUGCACGACAACACAGGGUUGUGUGCCAAAUAAUUGCACUUCAUGAACAGACCGCAAGGGUAACAGGUCCACCGAAAGGUCAAAGGUAUAAGGCACGCAAUACGGAAACAUAACUUCCGGUUUCCACUCUGAAGCCAUCAUCAUCAUUCAGUCAGGGCUUGCUGGCGAGGUACGUGGCGAAAAUGUCCAGUUCUGACAUCGUGCGGGCGGCUGGGAGGUUUCUCCACAUAGACGCGAGGCUUGAGAGCUCCGGUCUCGAAGACCUAACCUCUAUACAGUCUGAUUACGUGCGAGAACUGCAGAAAGCUAUGGCGGAAGCGGACUUCUCGAUCGAGAUUGAAGCCCUUAAGAGUCUCGGUGACGUGUUCCUAGAGAAGGGCAGAAUCAGUGGUGACUUGGCGGAGUUCGGUAAGGCCCACUCCGUGUACAGCGUCGCCUUGACCCGGUGUAGUCACAUCGGGCAAGUGCAGACCCUGCUACAUCGCGUUAAGUACGCAAGAACAUUCAUCGAUAAAACUUCACCCCCAAACCAACAUGGCGAUGGGCAUAAGCCGAAUGCGGAAGUGAAACAGGAACAACUUUCAGAUCUAAACGUAUCACCCUUGGAUCGUUUAAGAAUUGCAGAGACAGUUCAUGCAAGGGUGGCAGAACUAACAGAAGAGUCGUCACUAGCCGGCUAUGUGAACCUGUUGGUGGAGAGCGUCACGGCGUCGGACGUGUUGGCGGAAGUGGAGGCGCUGAAGGGCCUGGGUGACGAGUACCUGAGACGGGGCGGAGUCGCGAGGGACUUGGCGGAUUUCACCCGCGCGUCUGCCCUGUACUCUGCCGGCCUCGCGCGGUGCCAGGAUGCGGACAACAGGGACGCUCUCCGACACCGGGUUAGGUACACGGCUAGACUGAGGAAUGAAGAAUGUAAGGGAAAAUACACAACGUACAAGAACCAAGCAACAAAGAUCCAAUACAAUUACGCAAACGACGCCAGCGACAGCGAUGACGAAGAGUUUGUCAAAAGUGACUCAAACGAUGAACCGGAAAGCACCUACGAAGACCAAUAUGAAGCCGGGGUCAGUGCCCUGGAGAACGGUCUUCUGGAGACUGCAGAACAGAACAUCGCCUUAGCACUCAGACUUGUUCACGGAAACCAAGAGGAGAUGGCUAAAGAGGCGUCGUGCCUCUGUGGGCUGGGCGACAUCCACGUAGCGAAAGGUAAGAACACAGGAGACGGAAAGGCCUUUAGCCAAGCGGCAGCUCUGUAUAAUGGCGCACUUGUCAGGACAGAGGAUGCCACUGUCAAACAUGAAGUAAAUGAGAAACUGAAAGAAGCGGAACUAUCCUUCCUGCAACAUGCAGCACAUACAGACUGUAGGCCUAGUGUAAGCGAUGUCGACAGGGGACACAAGGAAGAGAUACGAGCAAUGCGGGAAAAGGUUACGCAAAACCUAGAGUCGAUAGACCAGCAGUUUAAUCUCCAGGAACAUCAGGAAGAUCAUCGUGCGAUGACUAAGUCUAAGUUGGAAGCGCAGAGAGCAGACGCAAUCAAAGACUUGUUUAUAGAAAUAGCUCAGAAUAGAAAAGAAUUCGUCGGAGUCCUAGUCGACGAGUGUAUGGAGGUGUUGGGCCCUGCUCCCUGUAAGUAUGCAGUCAUAGGUUUAGGCUCACAGGCAACAGAAACCGUCACUCCUUACUCUGACCUGGAGUUCGCCAUCUUGUUGGACGAAGGUUGUGACACUGAUGAAAACAAGCAGUACUUCCGCCUCCUCACUCACUACCUACAUCUAAAAGUCAUCAACCUCGGGGAAACCAUCAUCCCGGCCGUGGCCAUCAGAUCUCUCAAUGAUUUUGAGUCAAGUAAUCCUGCGGACAACUGGUUCUAUGACUCAGUGACCCCUCGUGGAUUUGCCUUUGACGGAGCGAUGCCGUGGGCCAGCAAAACGCCACUAGGAAGAGGCAAGACCAAGGCGAAGCCAGCGCUCGAGCUCAUUCGCAGCCUAAGCCGCAUGGCAGAACUGCAGCAAGAGGACGUCGCCGUGUCGGAGGGUUAUCACUUGUCGGACAUACUACGGAACGUGUGCUGCCUAACAGGCGAUGAUGGUCUUGUGGACGACUAUAUGAAGAUUGUAAAUAAGACAUUAAAAAGCACUCGUGGCCGUGGAGGCAGUGGUGUUAUCCGUGUUAGGGACACGCUGGCCAAAGACGUUGAACGCUACGGCAAGCAAGGACUUACGGCAAAGCUUCUCGACGUCAAGAAGGACAUCUACCGGUUCCCUACCAUCUCCAUAGACAGUCUGUGCGUUCUCAGUGGUCUAAAGCCGGGAAGCGUGUGGAAAGUCAUAUCAGACAUGGAAGAAUCAAACACACUGACCAGGGAGAACGCCGAUCAUCUGAAGGUGUUGGUUAGCAUAUCUGCUGAGCUACGACUGAGAACGUAUCUGGCCAACGGGAAACAGUUGGAGACGAUGUCUGCUCUGUCUCCAAUAGCAACGGACGGACAGACUGGCGACCGCGAGGCAGCGUUCAAGUCAGUGUUCUACCUUCCUGACGAUGAUUUGCUGUUCAGAUACCAUUACAGGGCGAUGCCACUGGAGAAGUUACUGUCAAGCAUUUCAACUGAUCAAAAAUUUGAGCCACAGGAAACAUUGCAAUCAAGCACUCUCUUUGACGAUUCGCCAGUGGUCAAAGCGCGUAUCUGCGACCAGUUAUUGAAAAUCAGAGAAGAGAUAAGUCAUCUUGAAGACGCGUUGACAUUUUUACUUAACUCCGCCGAGCCAGUCAAGGAGGCAGACAUUUUAGAUUAUGUAGACGAAAAAAGCAUCUCACGUGGAAAGUUAGCCGGUUUGCUCGACAAAAUAGGUACAGCAUGGAGUAAUCUUGAGGACAGACAGAAAGCCUUUGCAUAUUUUGAGCAAGCGCUGAGGAUUUCUAAAGCAGUACAUGGAAGAGACAGUGUCCAUCCCCAAAUCGCUGAUUCACUUCUAGACUUGGGUCAAGGAUGGCUCGGACUAGGUGAAAAUAGAGAGGCCAUUGAGUACUUUGAGUUGGCGUACAAGAUUAGGGUAAACAUCUAUGGAGACAACGCUGUUCAUCCUGAAAUUGCGUCGUGUUGGGGAUAUCUCAUGAAAGCUUGGAACAGCCACGGUGACUUCAGAAAAGCAGCAGAUUACUGUGAGCAAAUGUUCCGAAUCAUCAACACCAUACACAAAUAUGACCCAUUCAACGCAGCUGUUGCAGGGUGCAUUGCUGAUAUGGGAGUAUGUUCUUCAAAUCUCGGUGAUUUCCGGAAAGCGAUGAAGUACAGAAAGAAAGCAUUGAAAAUGACGGAGGCCAUAUAUGGCAACAAUACUGCACACCCGUACAUUGCUGCGGCCUUCAAAGAGGUUGCGAAAUCUUCUAUGCAGUUGGGGGAUUACAGGGAAGGGAUAUAUUACUUCGAGCAGGCUUUAAAAGCAUGGAAAAUUGUCCUUGGUCAGCAGACAAAUCAAUCUGUUAUCGCCAAUGUGCUUUCGGAUCUGGGUGUGGCAUGGGCUAGUACGGGCGACUAUACAGUUUCACGUCGUUAUCACCAGCAAGCCUUAGAAAUGAGGAAAGCCAUUUGUGGAGCGGACUCGGUACAUUCGGACAUUGGAAAAUCACUGAGCGAGAUCGGACAGACAUUUACCAACGAAGGUAGGCACAGGGAAGCGUUGAAAUUCCACGAGGAAGCCUUGGUCAUCUUUAAGAGAGUUCACGGAAAGGAUUCCAAUCAUCCUGACAUUGCACAAUCCCUGAAUUGUCUUGGAGAAGCCCUUUGUGAGACUGAGAGCUAUGAAAGGGCCAAAGAAAUCUUUGAAGAGGCUCUUGUCAUCUUUAAAGCGACAUUUGGAGACAACACAAAUAAUCCGGACAUUGCGAUGGUGUUGAACAAUUUGGGUAUAGUAUGGCGAUUCUUGGGGAACAAUCGAAAGUCAAUAACGUAUUACAAACAGUCUUUAGAAAUUAAGGAAUCCGUGUAUGGGCGCGAACGUCAAAAUCGUAGCAUCGCUCAUACAUAUUGCAAUAUAGCAGUAGCACAUAGUGAACUUAGCGAAUACAAGACGGCCAUUGAAUACAAUGAGAAGGGGUUGGACAUAUGGAGAAACACAUAUGGAUCGGUCAGUCCAUUUAUCAUAAAGACGCUGACAAACAUCGCGGCCGAGUGUGAAAAAUUGGGAGAAACACAAAAAGCAAUAAAACACAACGAGGAGGCUUUGGAAAUGUGUGAGACCGUGUUCGGGACCGGCAAAGAUCAUCCCAUGGUGGCAACAAUACGGAAAAACUUGGGUUUCAUCUGGAACGGGCUAGGUAACUACAAUAAGGCCCUUCAGGAUCUAGAGUCGUCGAUGGAGAUGAACCUAAGAUUGUCUGGUAACCAGGCAAAUUCAGCCGUAGCUCGCUGUCAAGUUAGCAUAGCGAUUAUCUGGGUGAAUCGCGAAGACUACUCGAAGGCGGUGGAAUGGCUUGAGAAAGCUUUGGAAAGCUGGACCAGUGUCUAUGGGGACAGACCACACGUCAACACUGCUAAGACACUAGCCGCACUGGGAUCGUGUUGGGAGAGUAUGAGGGACAACAAGCAAGCCGCCCGCUUCUACGGAAAGGCACUGGACAUGUUUAGAGCCAUGUAUGGGAAGAACUCGUCAAACUCUAAAAUUGCUUCCUUACAGUUUUGUCUGAUGAGGAUAGGAGUUCCUCCUUCUUCUACUCCUGGUCAAUUAGUCGACCUCAUCAUCAUUAAGUGCAAAAGGAACCCUUUACCAUAUUCGGCCCCAUAAUCUACAGGACUGUCAGGGGUGCUCGUUGUACCUGAAAAAAAAAAGAGUAGGGAAUUUCACAGGAGAAUGAGAUAUCAAAACCCGACGUUCCUUGAUACCUAGGGAAGUCGCUAGGAGGGCCCAAAACCUACUCAUUUCCAGUUUUCGUCACACCAACCAACACACCAAAUGUGCAAGCAAUCCAUUCAGUGCAGUCGUUCUUGAGUUAUCUUGUUUACAAACAGACAGUCUACAGACAGACACGCUACUGAAAAUAUAACCUACAUGAAUAUUUCAUUGCAGUAACCGAGUAAAUACCGAUAGCAAACAUACUGUAGGUUAACGAAGUUCCUUAAUAUUGUGCAUAGCGUAUAUACAUAGUAAUCAUGCCAAAUAGCUCUUAGAUAGCUUUGUAACGUUUCAUUUCACCACCAACGAUGAAUUAAGUUCCACUCUGAAGCCACCUCAGUGUGGUGGCCUUGAGUGCAGUUACUACCUUGGUAAGUGAUACUACGUUACUACACUAGUAUCACUUUGUGCACUUCUUAAACACAAGAAUAAAAGACUUGUUGGCUAUGACAUCAUGUUUUGUCCCUUGAAUUCUUUUUCAACGGCGACGUCUCUAUUUUGACAAUUUAGUAAUAAUCCUUUUUUACCAUCUUG